CUUGAAGUUGACAAGUUUUUGGGGUUUUGUUUCUGUGUAAGAUUUGUGUUUUGAUACUUUCUUUGAAGGUUGUAAAUUAAACCUUUCCUGGGAUUUGACUGUCCAGGUUCUAAGAGAUGGUGAGGGGGAAAAUAGAGAUGAAAAGAAUUGAAAAUGCGACAAGCAGGCAGGUAACCUUUUCAAAACGUCGAAGUGGGCUGUUGAAGAAGGCUUAUGAGCUUUCGGUUCUCUGCGAUGCUGAAGUUGCAGUCAUCGUGUUCUCUCAGAAGGGCAGACUCUAUGAGUUUUCCAGCACUGACGUGCAAAAGACUAUAAAACGAUACCAUAAACAUGCAAAAGGUGCGCAAACCAACACUACCGAAGUGGAACGGUAUAUGCAGCAAAUGAUGCAUGAUUCAGCUGAAAUGGCCAAGAAUAUUGAGAUCUUAGAAGCCUCUCAACGGAGGCUUUUGGGGCAUGACUUGAAUUCUUGCUCAGCUCAAGAACUUAAUCAGAUAAGUAGCCAACUCGAACGAAGCCUGCUCAUUGUACGAGAGAGAAAGGCUCAGCUGUUCAUGGAUCAGAUAGAACGACUAAGAGCACAGGAGCGGAUCCUCUUAGAAGAGAAUGCAAAACUUCACAUGGAGUAUGGUGCGAGGCCUUCGGAGCAGCAUGUAGUUCAAGGAAAAGGAGUUGGAGCGGCAAGUUAUAACUGGAUGAAUAGUAGUCAAAUUAGCAGCAGCCAAACAAUUAGUGAUUCAGAUCUGGUAGAGACUGGAUUGUUCAUCGGACCGCCAGUGGUGCGCUGUGAAUAAUACGUAGCACAGUUUUGCGUCAUCUUCUGAAAGCCAACACCAGUA